UAUAAAACCCAAAAGCUUUCAAAUCUCACAGUUUCCUCUCUCCCCUUUUUCUCGACAACUUGUCACUUUCCCGAGAAAAGUCGAGAAAAUAAAAAAGGAAAAAAAAAUGCCACAGCUCGCGGAGACAUACGCGUGCGUGCCGUCGACGGAGCGAGGCCGGGGGAUUCUGAUCUCCGGCAGCCCCAAAUCCAAUGCCAUCCUCUACACCAAUGGCCGAUCCGUCAUCAUCCUCAACCUCGACAACCCUCUCGACGUCUCCGUCUACGCCGAGCACGCUUACCCCGCCACCGUCGCCAGAUUCUCCCCCAACGGCGAAUGGAUCGCCUCCGCCGACGUCUCCGGCGCCGUCAGGAUCUGGGGGACCCACAACGACUUCGUCUUGAAGAAGGAGUUCAAGGUUUUGUCUGGUCGGAUCGACGAUCUCCAGUGGUCGCCUGACGGGAUGAGGAUCGUCGCUUGCGGUGAGGGCAAAGGGAAGUCCUUCGUCCGUGCUUUUAUGUGGGAUUCAGGGACAAACGUUGGAGAGUUUGAUGGCCAUUCAAGACGAGUUUUAAGCUGCGCAUUUAAGCCAACACGACCAUUUCGAAUUGUUACAUGUGGAGAGGACUUUUUGGUGAAUUUUUAUGAAGGGCCGCCAUUUAAAUUUAAGCUAUCUCACAGGGAUCAUUCAAAUUUUGUCAAUUGUGUAAGAUUUUCUCCAGACGGGAGUAAGUUCCUAAGUGUCAGCUCUGACAAGAAAGGUAUUCUCUUUGAUGGGAAAAGUGGAGAGAAAAUUGGAGAGCUUUCCUCUGAAGAUGGACAUAAAGGCACCAUUUAUGCUGUUAGUUGGAGUCCUAAUGGAAAACAGGUGCUGACUGCAUCUGCUGAUAAAUCUGCAAAAGUAUGGGAUAUAACAGAAGAUGGCAAUGGCAAAGUUAAAAAAACAUUGACUUGUCCUGGGUCAGGUGGUGUAGAGGACAUGCUUGUUGGAUGUCUAUGGCAGAAUGAUUAUCUUGUUGUUGUUUCUCUUGGAGGAACAAUCAGUAUAUUCUCAGCAAGCGAUCUUGAUAAAGCCCCACUGUGCCUUUCUGGGCACAUGAAGAACGUUGCUUCAUUAUCUGUUUUGAAAAGUAACCCAAAAGUUAUAUUAUCCAGCAGUUAUGAUGGUUUAAUAGUGAAAUGGAUUCAAGGCAUUGGAUAUAACGGUAAGCUACAGAGGAAGGAAAACUCUCAAAUCAAAUGUUUUGCAGCUGUUGAGGAGGAGAUUGUUACUUCUGGUUUUGACAAUAAGGUGUGGCGGGUUCCCUUUAAUGGGGAUCAAUGUGGAGAUGCCGACUCUGUUGAUAUUGGCAGUCAACCAAAGGAUUUGAGCCUUGCUCUUCACUCUCCUGAGCUUGCACUAGUUUCCACUGAUUCUGGCGUUGUCAUGCUCCGUGGGACAAAAAUAGUAUCAACCAUUAACCUUGGAUUUCCUGUGACAGCAUCAGUGAUUGCUCCUGAUGGAAGUGAAGCCAUCAUUGGUGGACAGGAUGGUAAAUUGCAUAUAUACUCCAUCACGGGUGAUACACUUACAGAAGAUGCAGUCCUUGAGAAACACCGCGGUGCUGUUACUGUUAUACGCUACUCUCCUGAUGUUUCAAUGUUUGCAUCAGGUGAUGCAAACCGUGAAGCUGUUGUCUGGGAUCGUGCCUCCCGAGAGGUGAAGCUGAAGAACAUGUUGUACCACACCGCGCGAAUAAAUUGCCUUGCUUGGUCUCCUGACAACAGUAUGGUUGCUACUGGGUCACUUGACACAUGUGUCAUCAUAUAUGAUAUCGACAAGCCAGCAUCGAGCCGGACAACUAUAAAGGGUGCUCACUUAGGUGGUGUUUAUGGAUUAGCAUUCACUGAUCAGCAGAGUGUGGUGAGCUCUGGUGAGGAUGCUUGUGUACGUGUUUGGCGGUUAACUCCACAGUAAUGCGAUGACUGGGGACGUUCUUGGAGACUGUAAGGUCAAGAAUAGCAAACUUGUUCAGCAUGCUGCUUUGGUUUCUAUCCGUCUUGUUUUUUCAUUCAAUUUUGUCUCGCUUUCACAUUCUGAUGAGAGAAUGGGAAGGUUAUACGUCUCUUCAUUAUCGGAGACUACCAGGAAGAAGACUUCGUUUUCUUUUCAUUAGCGAUCCAAAGCUUCGUGAUCUGUAAGAUGUUUAUUCGAUGUUGAAGUGCGCUGCUGUCUGGCUAUCUAAUCUAGGAGAGGAAAAUUUUGCAAAAGAUAUAGAGCAAUGCCGAUGUCUGCCUGCAAAAUGUGUAAUCAUAGAAGCUGUUGCAUGUCAUUGUUUGGAGCAUCAGAGGUACUUUUAAGUUGUCUUUCCCUUUUGUCCUUUCACAAACCCCCCUUAUGCGAUUUGUGGCGAGAGGAGUGUUGUGUGUUUUGUACAAUUGCUGUUAUUUUAGUAAAUGUGAUAUUUAUGAGGGUGUUUUUAUCUGAUAGUGUCAGUGCUGCAUCUUCCUUUCUAAGCAAGGGGAAUUACAGGAAGUGUAAAAAAGGUCACGAGUGGUUUCAAUGCUUGUAUUUUGUGUUUUGUAGUGUAAUUCGCGGUUCAUGCACCAUCUUCAAGACUAUUACAACGUUGCAAACUUCUAUUCCAAGCAGUUUGUGAGCUUGAAAUUUUGCUCCAAUGCGGCCUAUAAUUAUUCAGAUAU